AUGGCGAUCUCAGACGACAAACAGAGAUUCAUGCCCAGUGAAGCAGACAGGGACGCGCCACGUGGCGCCCCGCUGGCCUGCAAGGAGGCCGUCCUGCUGGCGGACCCCGUGGAGCCGCAGUUCAAGGGGGAGGUGAACGACAAGUACCAGUACUCGAUAGACAACAAGCACAACGCCGUCCAUGGCUGGAUCAGCAGCAGCAGCCACAUGGGGUUCUGGGUGAUCACCCCCAGCAACGAGUUCAAGAGCGGCGGGCCCAUGAAACGGGAGCUAACCUCCCACGUCGGCCCCACCUCCCUCGCCGUGUUUCUGGGCACGCACUACGUCGGCGACAACAUAGUGCUGAACCUCGGCGGCUCGGCGACGGCGAGCACUGGAAGAAGAGACAGGUUCGUCGUUGGCGGCAGCCGCGACGUGGCGCCGGCCGCGGCGGCCUACGUCGGGCUCGCCGCGCCCGGCGGGCAGCCCGGGUCCUGGGUGACGGAGUGCAAGGGCUACCAGUUCUGGACGACGGCGGCGUCCUCCGGCGCGUUCAGCAUCGGUGGCGUCCGGGCCGGGGUGUACAGCCUCUACGCGUGGGUUCCGGGGGUCCUCGGAGACUACGUGCACACGUCCGGCCCCACGCUGUGGGAGAUCGGCGUGCCUGACCGGACCGCCGCGGAGUUCUUCGUCCCCGACGCCGGUACCAGAUACGCCAAUAACAAGCUCUUCCUGGGCAAAGACAGGUACAGGCAGUACGGUCUGUGGGAGAGGUGCGCCGAGGUGUACCCUAGGAGUGAUCCUGUGUUCACGGUUGGGCACAGCCAUCACUCCAAGGACUGGUUCUUUGCGCAUGUCACAAGGUACAGGCAGUACGGUCUGUGGGAGAGGUGCGCCGAGGUGUACCCUAGGAGUGAUCCUGUGUUCACGGUUGGGCACAGCCAUCACUCCAAGGACUGGUUCUUUGCGCAUGUCACAAGAAAGGUUGGCAAUCGCUACGUGCCCACGACGCGGCAGAUACGGUUCGACCUGGGCCGUGUCGCCGCCGACGGCAACUACACGCUGCGCAUCGCCGUCGCAGCUGCACAGCUGUCCCGGCUACAGGUGCAAGUGAACGGCGGCGGCGGCGUGUUUACGACGCCAGAUUUGGGCGGUGGCAACGCGAUCGCGCGGCACGGCGUGCCGCGGAGCUUCGAGUUCCGGGUGAGGGGCGGCCUGCUGAGGGAAGGCGAGAACAGGAUCGACAUCGCGCAGACGAGGGCGUUCGGGCCCUUCUUGGGGGUCAUGUACGACUACAUCAGGCUGGAAGCGCCUGCCUAG